GGAAACCCAGCGAGCUUUCGCAGACGGUCCAAGCAGAGGGCGACAAGAUGGCGCCCCUCAGCGCGACGGGGGUCACAGGUAUCCUGCUCACGUUCCUGGUUCUGACUGUCGGUUUGGCCACCAGCGACGAGGAGGCGCAAGACAAGGUCAGCGACACCCGCCCGGCUACUAGUCAGCCACCGAGCUCGAAGGAAGUCACCAGAGGCCUGUCCCUGCCCAGACCAGGCAAGCGCGUGAUCGUCUACAUGGGAAGUCGGCCGUGGCUCUCCAGCAUGUUUGGGGAAGCCAGCAAGUCCGAGUACGUGGUCCCUUCCCUAACGCAGGGCUCCUCGGAAGACAGCGAGAGGAGCGACUCCUCGCUUUCCAGCAAGGAAAGUCAGCGAGCAGGGCACGCAUCCCUGGAGGAACCGGUGCCAGUCGGAAGCUUGUUCGCCUCGGAAACGACGAGCAGCAAGGCCAGCUCCGAAGAAAAAGUGGACCUGCGGACGGAGUUGGACAUUAACAAGCAUCCUCCGCUGCCCCUGCCUCCGUUCUCGGGCGCCAGGACUGAGUUUAGGUCAAAGAUAAUUCAUCCGCCGGAGCGGAAGGUGGACUCUUUUCUGGGACAGACCGGUGGGAACAACGCCGGUCUCGGUGACAACAAAAGAGCGGCGGUGCAGGAGGUGGCGGUCGGAAGUCCUUCGCCGGGACUCGGCACGCCCAAGCAACAAGCGUUCGUUGACCAGAACCAGAACUCCAGGUACUUCCGGUUCGGUACCUCAAGCGUGCCAGCUGUCAGCAAUAGAGGCACGUUCGGCAUCGGGCAGAAUGACGACGAAGGGUCGAGGGCAGACGACACCUCGUCGUUCGGUAACGAUCGCUUUAACCAGCAGCGUCAGACGUUCAACGUGCAGAACAGACAGACCGCGGCGCCUGUUCCGCCAUCUCCUCCUACGCCGCCACCCCCGGUCAGUCGCUUUAGUUUUCCGACGUUCCAGCAGGAGCCAGCCAUCUUCGGCAACAGCAGCGCGAGCCGCUCAGGAAAUAGCGCCGAAGUUGGCUUCCAGUUCCAGACAUCGCGUGCGCAAGAUUCAGCCGCUCAACAGCAAGGCGAUCAGGACAGUUUCUCGAAUGCACCACAAAGGCCUGCUUUUCAAGGUGAUAAUCGCUCCACCUUCCGCCAAUUUCCGCCGCCCCCUUCCUCGAGGCCCGAAGCACCGCCAGUACCGAAGGCUCGACCGAUCCAAGGAGUGGCCAUACAGAGGUCGUACCAGACUCUCGGUAACCUGCAACUCACAUCUAGAGAUGACACUGUGGGGAUCGGCCUGCUUUCCCAGUCUCGGCCAGACACGACGCCGCCCAAGCCUCAACCACCGCUUGGAGUGCCAGUGCAAAGAUCGUUCCAGACUUUCGGCGAUCAGCAACAGACAUCGAGAGAAGAUAAUUUUGGAACAGGUACACUUUCCACUCCUCAGCCCGAAACAACACCAGCAAAGCCUCAGCCACCGCUGGGAGUAGCUGUCCAGAGGUCGUACCAAACGCUGGGUAAUCAACAGCUUUCAUCGCGGGAGGAUACUCUAGGUAGGGCUGCCCUGGCUUCUCCGGAGCAACCAUUGCGAUUUACGUUCCAAGAUGCCAAGCCAGCUCAGCCAGUCAAACCUUUGCAGACUCCCGUCCAAACUUCGUUCCUUACAUUCUUCGGUAAUUCGGACUCGGACACGAAUCAACAGCAGGCAUCAAGCGCAACCACUAACAGCGGCGAGAGUGGGCGAGCCGACGAUCCGCGAUUCAACUUUAGGAGUUCCAACUUCCAGACCAGGCCACCGAGACCUCCACCGCAGAGACCAACUCCAGCCUUCCAGACAACGUUCUUCCAGACACCGCAGCGACCGUCAACCCCGAGUGCACCACUGAGAAAUAACUUCAAUCAGGCUUCUAGAACACCAGCAACAGCCAGACCCAACUUCCAGAGCAACCAAGGUCUUGCCCAAGGCGUGUUCCCAGUUAACCGACCGGCCCAGGCUUCGUUUUCUGGAAAUCAGAGAUCUCAGAAUACGUUCGGGGGAAACCAGAGACCAGAAGACGAUACGCAGUUCACUCAGGCGAGACAGCAGACUUCCGGUGGUAGCCAACAGCGACCACAAAACACAUUUCAGUCGAACCAGCGGCCACAAAACACAUUUCAAUCCAACCAGCGACCGCAGACCUCGUUCCAGGUAACGCCGAGACCCUCGAACUCCUUCCAAGGAAACCAGAGAUCUCCGAUCACGUUUGUAAGCAACCAAAGACCACAGAACAGCUUUUCCACGAACGGACCUUCGCAAAACAGAGCGUCCCCGAACCAGCGAUCUGAGGAACAGCCGCGUCGUCAGCAGCCAAACUUCCAGAACGUUCCUGCGAGACCUCCGUCUCCCCAGCCCCCGCCAGCGGCAAGAAACCCCCCACAGGACGACAAUAGCAACACCAACGUCAAUCCUCAAGACCGUCUCGAGCCCUUCAGGAACGACUUCCAGAUCGCACUACGUCAGCGCGCGUUCGCGGCUUCAACUGCGACCCCGCCGGUGGACAACGACGGGGGACGGAGACCUGCCAGUCCGGCACCGAGGUCCAACCCGGCGACGCCCAAGAGGAAGAUCAACAGGGUCGUCUUCAUUCCGGGUAACUUCGGGGUGACCCCUACCAGGAGGCCGGACCCGUACCGGUCCAAGCUUCCCGGACUGGCUGGCUCUGAUUAUCCCACCUACAGCGAGGUUCCCUUCACGAACUUCAAGUGCGGCGAGCAAGCCUAUCCAGGAAUGUACGCCGAUGUUGAAGCCGGUUGUCAGGUGUUCCACUCGUGCGACAACAAUCACCGCGAGAAGAGCUUCCUGUGCCCCAACGGAACCAUCUUCAAACAGGAGCUCUUCACCUGCGACUGGUGGUACAACGUGAACUGCGAUGACUCGCCAAAUUUCUUCCACCUCAACGCGGAGAUGUUCACGACGCGAAAACCCAAGGUGCAGGAGAGUCAGGACACCGACAAGCGCUCUGGCCGCUCGGGAUCCGCUGGCUCACGUUCUUUUUAAAGCUGAUGUCACACUGCUCACACAGCGCACAAGAGGCACGAUGUUAGCGGUCACGCCUGGAGCAUCUUCGAAGCGUGCUAGCUUCACACAUACACUCCGAGCAUGUCUGCAGAGAGUUUUUACAUGACCUAUGUUACAGGAUCAUCAUAAAAGGGAAAUACGUGCUUCAGGCAGUACCCGCAGUCUGUCUUUUGUAUGAUGUAUUAUAGCAGUGUGAUACCGGCUUAGAGACUUUGGAACCAGCCGGGUAGCAACGGUGGUUCGCGGAGAAAGAGCUCUCUGCAUGUGCGAGUGGGUGCGUGGAAGAACGACGACCUACGAGUUCCGGGACAGCCGACGAGAAGGAACAUUCCCGCUGAGCAAUUUCGCCUUCUAUGGUGCUCCGGCGAAUCCAGUGUGCAGCCCGGUUACACCCUUCGGCGACGUCGACCGACGUAGUUGUGUAGCUGAACUAUAUAGUUGAAGACAGACGACGUUACGGAUACUCAAGAAGGUGCUCGACUGACCGCACGGAAAGAAGAAAGUCGAACAAACGCACGGAUAAAAGCCGAAAACGAAGUGAUUUGUUAAAUCGCUCUGGAGCUGUUUCGCGAGCACACAGAAUAGCCAUUUGUUGAGAUUUCCGAGGACGCGCGUGACGGCAUGCAUUUUUGUGAUUUAGCGAAGCGAGAUCGGCGACCCCAGUUUUGAUGAGCGUUGCCCUCGGAUCUUAGGAAUCAUCGCGGUUCGCGCCAACUUGCAGCAAAUCGAAAAAUAUACAAUGUUGUUUCUAUC